AUGCACUCAGAAACCAUCUCAAAUUCUGAUCUUGCCCUACUUGACUCCAUACAUCAGCAACUUUUGGAUGAUUCUCUAUUUUCUGAUAUUUUUCCAGCAUCCAACUUUUUUGAUGCAACAAUUUACGGCUAUAAUGCCAACUCUAGCUGUGAAGCCUCUCUUCUAGCACAAAGUUGCGGAGAAAUAUUCGAUAAUCCACCCUCUACCACAACCGAUAACUUGGUCAAAAUUGAUCAGGUGGAGCAGAGAAUGGAGUUCGAGCUGCCGCGUGGAAAGCCCGCAUCAGUAGAGUGGCCGAGGUAUAGAGGUGUAAGGCGGAGGCCGUGGGGGAAGUUCGCGGCGGAGAUAAGGAACCCCAAGAAGAAAGGGUCAAGAAUUUGGCUCGGAACAUACGAGACAGCUGAGGAUGCUGCAAUGGCUUAUGACCUGGCAGCUUUUGAAAUACGGGGUGCCAGGGCUCUGCUUAAUUUUCCACACUUGAUUGGCUCUAACAUGUAUUCGACACCUCAAAGGGUGAGCCCGAGGAGCCGCCCAUCAGAGACUUCCACUUCUUCCUCACCGAAGAAGAGGAAACUUGACAAUGGCUCCAUAUAG